CUUUCCAGUUGCGUUUCGACCAUCGAGCCCGGUGUUUGUGACCUGUUUUUGAAACCAAGUUCGAUGCGCUACAUAUCUUAAAAUGAUAUUGAUUAUCGGCUCGAGUUCCGAGACGUAAAUUUUUAAGUCCUAAUACUCAUUCUAACGUAAAGUGUUCUCAGCUUCUGAUUUUCUCUCGGAUUAUCGUGAAGUGUCAAUUUUUCCAUUAACAGUGACCGGUGUUUUCCGGAGUGUUUUACCCAUCUGAAUUGUAGCAAAAUAAUUUUCCUGAAUUUAUCGUCUUCUGGUCUGGUUGGAAGUGAAGAGUCGGACGACAUACACCUCCAAUUGCGUUGGGAUCGAUCUUUCCUGGAAUGAUCGUGCUUGUAGCUUCCGGAGUCUAAAUCUGGGCUAAGUUUACAAAACUAACCGAGUAUCUUGAAUAUUCUCACGUGUGACGUGUAUGAGUUAAAUCGCCGGUUUAACACGGACCGUGAUUGAAUUGAAUUAAAACAAAUUACAAUUAAGGACAUUUUUCGACCAAAAUACAAGGGGUUUUGGACAUGGAAGGAAGGUCAAUAUUAAAUGUUAUUCAGUGGAAAUUAUUUCUUAAAUAUUCCUUAAGAGAGAAGCAGAUCAGAGCGCAGACGCCAGUCAAAAAUUUCGUUUAAAGAAUGAAUGAUAAACCAGGUGGUGGGGCGCCCCUACGAGUCGACAUCUACAGUUCGUCGUCAAGGCCUACCACAAGUUACCGGCGAAGAAUUGCAGGUUCUGCCUUUUUUGGAUUUAUUUGUGGACUCUGCGUCUUUUUAAGUCUUCUCUGCUCUUGUUUGACGGCACUUGUGAUUGUUAUGAACGAUAAAGUUCAAGCGGCCAGUGAACUUGCAGAUCCAAACAAACCAAAAAUUUACUCAGUCAUGACGACAGAGAAACCAUCACAUGAUGCAUUCAGAUUGCCAAAGGAAGUUAAGCCUAUACACUAUGAUCUUUUGAUGCAUCCUGAUCUUGAAAAAGGAACCUACAAUGGCAGUGUAACUAUUUUAAUUGAUGUUCUGGAUAAAAGAAGUUAUAUUUCUCUUCAUCAGAAGGAUCUCAAUAUUACAAAGACGAGACUAACUCACGAAAGAAAUGAAAAUUACGAUAUAAAAAUCAAAGAGACCUACCCGAUUGAAAAAUCAGAGAUAUUAGUUAUUUCUACGGAAGAGAAUAUUAAUCCUGGUCUUUAUCAUUUGUCACUGGAAUUCAGCGGUCUGCUCAGACCUGACAAAAUUGUUGGGUUCUAUUCCAGCAAAUACAAAGACUCGCAAGAUAAAGAUAGAUACAUCGCUACUACCAAAUUUGAGCCCACUUAUGCAAGAAGGGCUUUUCCAUGUUUUGAUGAACCUGCCUUCAAGGCAGAAUUCACUAUCAAAAUUGUUCAUCCUUCUGGAGAUUGCUAUGGUGCUAUUUCCAACAUGAACGUUGAGAAAACGGAGGUGAAUCAACCUUCCUCAGGUUUGACGACGGUGACUUUCGCAAAAAGUGUGCCAAUGUCGACGUACUUAUCAUGCUUCAUAGUCAGCGAUUUCGUUGCACUUACUGCCAAUGCAAAAAGAUUAGAUGGCACGACUUUACCAAUUAGCGUCUACACCACAAAAACUCAUAAGGACAAGGGGGCAUUUGCCCUCGAUAUUGGGGUUCAGAUCAUCGAGUACUAUACUAAUCUCUUCAAAAUCGACUAUCCCUUGCCAAAAAUGGAUAUGGCAGCUAUUCCUGAUUUUGUGUCAGGUGCCAUGGAAAAUUGGGGCCUUGUAACCUAUCGAGAAGCAAGACUUUUGGUAGAUAAUGAAACUAGCUCUUCUGCAAACAAAGAAGGUGUUGUGUCAGUCAUCGCUCAUGAAUUUGCUCACAUGUGGUUCGGAAAUCUAGUAACGAUGCGUUGGUGGAACGACCUCUGGCUAAAUGAAGGCUUCGCAACUUUUAUGAGUUUUAAAAGUUCCGAUGCAAUUCUUCCGGACUGGGGAUUGAUGGAGCAUUUUCUUACAAAUGAAUUGCAUGUUGCCUUUCAGACUGAUGCAAAACUUAGCUCUCAUCCAAUAGUGCAAACUGUGUCAAACUCGGAUGAGAUCACUGCUAUUUUUGAUGUUAUCUCUUAUAAUAAGGGUGCAUCUGUACUCAGAAUGUUAGAAAAUUUUAUUGGACCUGAUAUCUUUUACGAAGCCGUGACAACCUACUUGAAAAGGCAUGCUUAUCACAAUGCUGAAACAGCAGAUCUUUUCAACAUUUUACAAGAAUCAGUUGGCAAUCGCAUAAAUAUUAACGCGAUUAUGGACACCUGGACUCGACAAAUGGGAUUUCCGGUAGUGAACGUUGCUGUCAAGUCGAAAACUUCUUACACUUUGACUCAGAAACGAUUCCUGGCUGAUCCAGAGGCUAAAUUCGAUCCUUCCGAAUCGGAUUAUGGUUACAACUGGACUAUCCCAAUCACGUACAUCACUAGUGAAAAUUCGACCCCGGCUUUGGUGUGGUUCGACAAAGAUACACCUAAUUUGGUGGUAAAAUUAGAUGAACCAGCCGAAUGGAUAAAAUUCAACUGUGAUCAAAUUGGAUACUAUCGUGUCAACUACGAAGAACCAGAAUGGCAGAAACUUGCUGAGGUUCUUAAAUGGAACCACAAGAGAUUCUCUACCUCGGAUAGGACACAUAUUUUGGAGGAUGCGUUCAGCUUAGCAGAGGCAGCUGAAAUUGACUAUAAGAUCGCCUUAGAAAUGACUAAUUAUCUUUCCACUGAACUCCAUUCUAUUCCAUGGCAAAUGGCAGCGAGAAAGUUGUUGAAAAUAAACACACUGCUCGCAUCGACGAGCGCAUCUAUUAAGUUUAAGGAGUAUGUAAGAAACUUGGUGGACCCUGUCUACCAUGAAGUUCUCUGGAAAGUGGAAACCGUUGAUAAUCAAGUUACUUUAAAUCUUAGAUCGGCGAUACUAGAGCUGGCGUGUGAAGUAGGUCACACCGAAUGUCUCGAAGAGGCCGGUGAGCUUUUUAAAAAGUGGCUGGAUGACCCCAAGGACGUGCGACCUCAUUCCGACAUAAGAUUAAAUCUUUAUUAUUACGGAAUGAGUCACAUCGGCGGAGAAGCCGAGUGGAACAAAAUGUUCGAAAAGUUUAUUAAGGAAAAACAGUCCAUUGAAAAGCUGAAGUUGAUGCGAGGAUUGACUGGCGUUCGAUCAGCUUCGCUACUCAAAAGCUUUAUUGCAAAUGCAAUGAAUGAAAAUUACGUGCGAGCGCAAGACGCUUUUCAAUGUUUGCGUCAGAUUUCUGAAAAUCCUGUUGGUACCCCACUGGUUUGGGACUGGGUACGAGAAAAUUGGGAGUUUCUCGUUAAAAGAUAUACUUUGAACGAUCGCUACUUGGGACAGUUAAUUCCAGCAAUUACUGGCUCGUUCGCUUCAGAAGUAAAAUUAAACGAGAUAAAAGCAUUCUUUGAAAAAUAUCCAGAAGCAGGCGCUGGUGCCUUGUACAGAACUCGAGCUCUCGAAACUGUCAGAAAUAACAUUAAAUGGUUGACAAAGAAUGCUGGAAAGAUUGAAGAUUGGCUGAAUUCCCAAUAAAAAUGAUAGACUAAUGAGAGAGUUCUAUUUUAUGUGUUCAAUUUAUUGUAAAUGAAAAUGUACUUUGAGAUUUUGAAAGUUAAGUAAGUAGAAGGAAGUUUAGAAAGUUUAUGAAAGUUUAAAGUUCUAACAGAUUAUGCACAUUAAUCAUAAAUUCAAUCAAAAAGAGAAAAGGUGAACUGAAUUUAUACAUUAUUUUUACCAUUUUUACCACAAUUUAAGGUUUGCGUGAUACUGAUGAAAAAAAUCGAAUUUAUGGACACAGUUUGAGUAAUGCAAAUAACGUGUGUUUUUAUAAAUGAGAUUGUGCGUAUUAUACUUUAUGAUCUGUGAAUAAAUUAUAUCUUUAAUAAUA